AUGGCGCCAGGAAUAUUCGAAAAUGCUUCUGUGAAUGGUGGUGGGACUGAUGAGCGGACGGCGGCUGGAAGUGAACGUUACAACGUCGAGGACAUUGUGCUUCAUGAUCCGCAACAGAAGAGGUUGCGUAUCGCAAUGAUUGGAGGUGGAGUCAGUGGAAUUAUGAUGGCUUACAAGGUUCAGAAGCAUAUGAAAAACUUUGACUUGGUGAUUUAUGAGAUGAAUGAAGAGAUUGGUGGGACAUGGUUGCUAAAUCGUUAUCCUGGUGCCGCCUGUGACAUUCCCUCCCACGCAUACACCUACAACUUCGCCCUCAAUCCGGACUGGCCGGCUUUUUUCUCCUCCUCUGCUGAGAUUUGGGCGUACCUAGACCGUGUUUGCAACACCUUUGGCCUCCGUCAAUACAUGCGAUUUUCCUCGGAGGUUAUCCGCGCGGAAUGGCAGGAGACAGCUUCGAGAUGGAGGAUUUGGGUCCGGCAAACCUUGGCCGAUGGGCAAGUUCAGGAGUUCACUGACGAAUGCGAGGUGCUCCUCCAUGCAACCGGCGUGCUGAACAACUUCAAAUGGCCGGACAUCAGAGGCUUUGAGAAAUUCAACGGCAAGAUGAUCCACACUGCCCGCUGGCCCCAAGACUACCAGCAGGACACCUGGAAGGGGGAGAAGGUAGCCGUCAUCGGCUCUGGGGCCUCUAGCAUCCAAACCGUGCCAACCAUGCAACCCCACGUGGCGCACAUGGACGUCUUUGUGCGAACGCCUAUCUGGUUCGUCAACAUCGCCGGCGACACGGGUGACAACAGGCCCUACACGCUAAAGCAGCAGAAAAGCUUCCACGAGAAUCCAGAGUCCCUCGUGCAGCAUGCCAAGAACCUUGAGGAUGUGGUGAACGCAGGGUGGAUGUCUUUUGUCAAGGGCUCUGACAUGCAGAAGGAACUUAAGCAGUACUACACGGAGCGGACAGCCGGGAUUAUCAAAGAUCCUGUACUCCUCGAGAAAAUGAUUCCGAAGUGGUCGGUUGGCUGUCGGCGCAUUACUCCUGGAGAUGCAUACAUGAGGGCGAUCCAGGAGCCAAACGUGCAGGUACAUUUCACCGAGGUGGUCGAGAUUACCGAGACCGGACUGAAGGGGAAGAAUGGCAUCGAAGUGACGGCCGAUACGAUUGUCUGUGCGACAGGCUUUGAUACCAGCUUCCGGCCUGCAUUCCCGAUCCUGGGAAGGAAUGGGGUAGAUUUGGCCAAGAAGUGGAAGAAGACCCCGGAGGCGUAUCUGGGGUUGGCCGUCCCGGAUAUGCCAAACUUCUUUACUUUUAUUGGACCCGCGUGGCCGAUUGGCAAUGGUUCCGUCAUGGGCCCGUUGCAGGCGGUAGGAGAUUAUGUUAUCCAGUUCUUAAAGAAGUUCCAGGUCGAAAAGAUAAAGGCCUUUGAACCUAAGCAAGACGUCACUGAUCAAUUUAACGAGCAUGUUCAAGAAUUCAUGCCACGCACAGUCUGGGCGGACGAUUGUCGAUCAUGGUAUAAAGACAACGAGACCAACCGGGUCAACGCACUCUGGCCGGGUGGCUCGUUACACUACAUUGAUGCCAUCAAAACACCGCGCUUCGAGGACUUCAACUAUACCUACAGCAGCGUGAACAUGUUUGCUUACCUCGGCAAUGGCAAGCCGCGCGUGCUGGACAUACCAGAUGGGGAUAAGAGUCCCUAUUUGGCGCUGGAGAAUAUCGAUGAGAAGUGGCUCCGCACCAACAUUGCUGUCAAGGUUGAGGAGAGUCAGAUUAAGGGGACUCCCUUGGAGGCGGGCCAGGCUACGGGUUGA